AUGGCAAACCAAUUCCUGCUCGCGGCCGACAACAGCCCCGAUCUGCUGCCCCUCCUUCGCGAAAACCCAGCCCUGGCGUCAGCCCAGGACGAGCAUGGCUACUCGCUGAUCCAUGCCGCCGCAAGCUACAAUCACCUCGACCUCCUUCGCACACUUGUCAACGAAUUCAGGGUCAGUGUCGACCUCAAGGACGAGGACAACGAGACCGCAUUGUUCGUUGUCGAAACCGUCAAGGCCGCCAAGGUGCUUGUGGAGGAGCUGGCUGCCGACACCCUGCACCGAGGAUCCGAGGGGCUGACAGCCCGCGAAAAGAUUGAGGCAGAGGGAGAUUAUCCCGAGGUUGCCGCGUAUUUGAGUACCAUUGAGGCCAAAAAGGACAUUGAAAAGACAAUCGAGGAGGUUUUGCCAGAGACGAUCCCGCCACCUCCAGAGGGCAUGAAGGUCACCGUGGGGACCAUGGAUGAGACCCAGGACAUCCCUGAAGUCGACACCGAAUUCCGCCGUCGCAUUGAGGAGCUCGCCCAGCGAGAGGAUUUCGAUACCGCCCAAGGCCAAGAUGAGCUGCGCAAGCUUGUCGAGGAUGCCGUUCUGGGACAGGGUCUUGGCGAUGAGCGCAACGUCCGAACGAAGCCGGAGUAG